AUGCGAGUGGUGACCUUGAAGCGACCAGGAAACCUGUGCCCGGCACAACUCGAAACCUGGUUGAGCGAUGCCGACCGUUCGCGGGUUCUAUGUCCUGACAAAGUGGCCAAGUGGAUGCUGGGAUGUGACGGCGCGAUCAAAAGCCGCGAAUUCGCAGAUGGCAGUGACAAGAUAAGACAACCCUAUCCAGGGAGACGUCGAAUAACUCGCGAUGAGCCUAAUGUGUACGUCGACUUUAUCAGGGAUGGAGGAAUAGGAAGGUCCGGUGUCAAUCGAGCUGGCAUUGGGAUGGGAAGUUGGCAGCUGCCAACGUCAGAACAGCCAUACGGUCUGCUCCAUUGUGUCCGUAUGGAGGAGCAAUCAGUGCGGGAAUGGCAUCAAGCACCAGUACGGGUGAACAUGCCGUGGUGUUGGGAAUGGGUGCAGAAAGGGGGCGCGGAGAGGAUGAGGAUCGGGGAUUUCGAAACAAACAAUAUCUCCUUUGGGGCAGUCCUCUGGUGGAGGAUCUGGCUUUCUGGGAGCCCGGUUAUUGAACCUCGAGAGUUCAACUUCUCUCCACCCCCACUGGGCCGACGUGACUGGACGGAGGGUCUUGGGCCUGAACAACUCCAUGCCGUGCGCUUUUCCGCCUCUCUUCACGCAACGGUUCAGCAAGGAUGUGAAUGGAACGACACAACCCAUUGGAAAACUCGUUCCAUGCGGGUUUGGCUUCAGUUCGAGGAUGCGGGGUUCUCUCCUUUGCGCACAAGCGUUCCCAGACCGUUGUGGUUGGCAGAGCGGCAGGCAGAUGUGCCACGUUGGACGGCUGUCGCGAUAACUUGGAGGCGAGAUGUACGGUGGCCGAUGGGUACAACAUUUCGCGUGGGUGAUGCCGCGGCGCAUGCGUUGCGCUUGACAUUUCCAAGCGCAAUGAUAGACCUGGCAAGUUGCAUCAGGAGUAGCUCUUUAUGUGUCAUCUCAGGCUCCGGCCUCUUCUGCAUAAGAGAGCACGCUAACACGAAUGGGGAGCGCAAAGGGACAGUCGAAGGAACUGGCCGGGCAGGCAAAGGCCCCAGCUUACAGUCCCAGUCGUUGAUGGGUCCAGUGAGUGCCCCAGCUCGUAAGGGCAUCGUGAAUAAACUGCCAAAAUGUCCAACAAACCAAGCAAGGGUGACGAUCCCGAUACGUGGCAAGCCGAUACACCUGCUGUCUCUGGUGGGUGACCAGCUGAAGAAUAUGGCUGAUCAGGCAAGGACACUUGCCCAGUCGCAUGGCACAUCGUCCCGGCAGACUCAAGAAGUUGACAUGCGGGAACGGCUGGAGGAUCCCACCAGUCGUGUGAGGAUAUCGACUCGAUUGUAUGGCACAUUGAAUUGGUGGAGCAAGUCACGAUUAGUGCAUGCGCUGCUACCGAGUGGUGUGCUGACUGCAGGAUUACGCAAGGGGUCCGUCGGAGGAUCCGACUGGAGAGACGCUAUGGUUGACAAAUGGACCACCGAUGAGCUGUAUGACUCAAACGAGCACAUCAUCUCGAUGGGACAGCACACGCUGGGGAUUAACUGCAUGGAUUCCGUAGUUGAGAUCCUCAUUGAGAACCGGAGUAAACGUGAGGACGAUAUGCUGCCCUUUAACCUGGAUGGAUUGGUGAUCGAGAUGGAUGCGAUAAACCCCAUUCCUGUGCGAAAUCUGAGUCCUCCCCAGCUGAAGGCUAGACAGGUAGAUGUCGCAUUCAAAGGCUAUGUUGAGAGCCUGAGUACCUGUGAGGAUGAUGGGUUGCUCUUCAACCUGAAAGGAUUGACAUGUGGAGCCACGGAAGUGUAUCAGGACCAGCAAAUGAGUUGUGGUCGAACAAUUUGGUUCAGCUGGAGAAUCCGACUGGUCAUGCGAUAUUACCAGUUCGACCGCACACCACCAGGCGGUACGACACAUGCAAGCCUGCUGACUCGAGCAUGGAACGUGAAAGGAUUCUGGCGACUCAGGAGUAUGGCGCAAAUUAGCAACCCAGGGAACCGACUGGCCAUUCAGGAGUAUGGGAUCGCAUACGCAGCUCUUUGUGCUAAUCGCGAGUGUGGUACUCGACGGACAGACCACCUCUGA